GCCGUCGCCGUCGGAGUCGUCGUCGUGGUGGUCGCUGUUAUUGUCACCACCACCGCUGGAGUUGGAGCCGUCGCCGUCGCCGCCGCCACUGUGGUUAACGUCCGCGUGUUCGCUACCGCCGUUCUCCACGCCGCACGUCGCAUUACCCCUACGUCCGUAAAGGAGACUCGGCGUUUGAAAGUCCAGCGUGGAUUCGCGGUAACGUAAGGUGGCCAGGAUGGCGGGCAGCAAGGGUACAGGUGUCAUCAUGCACAUAAAGCCCGUGGAAGUUUCCCAGCAGCUGCAAGAUGGAGAGAAGUUUAUCAAGUGGGACGAGGAUUCCGGGGUGGCAACGCCGGUGACUUUGAAAGUGGAUAAAUAUGGCUUUUAUUUACACUGGUCGGAUCAAAAUAAUGAGAUGGAUAUGCUGGACGUAGCAAUUAUAAGAGAUACUCGCACAGGAAAACAAGCAAAAGUACCAAAGGAUCCAAAGCUGAAAUCUCUUGUAACGAUGGGUUCUCAAGUUCCCUUAGAAGACAAAACUGUAACAAUCUGUUACGGCUCUGACUUUGUCAAUAUGAAUUUUAUUAAUUUUUGCACAACGCGUGCAGAAAUAGCACAACAUUGGACAGAACAACUUUUUCAAAUGGCAUACAAUUUGAUUCAAUUAAACACUAGCACAACUAUGUUCUUAUUGAAAGCACAUACCAAGCUUGCACUUUUUGCUGAUAAAAGUGAAAAGAUACCGGUAAAAGAUAUAGUAAAAAUGUUUGCACAAAACAAAGAUGACCGCAAGCGUGUUGAGAAGGCGUUGGAUAUUUCUGGCUUUCCAUCUGGCAAAAAUGACGUCAUGCCGUUGUCAAAAUUUCAAUUUGAGGAUUUCUUCAAUUUUUACAAGUCACUCACUCAGAGAACAGACGUGGAAAAGGUGUUUGAAGGAAUUAUCGGCAGUGGCAAACGCAAGCUGAUGUCUGUUUCGCAAUUUGUGGACUUUUUAAACAAGUCACAGAGAGAUCCGCGCCUCAACGAGAUACUGUAUCCGUACGCAAACGAAGCAAGGGCAAAGGAUAUCAUAAAUCAGUACGAACCCAACAAGUGUAAUGCAAAUAAAGGACAGCUCAGUUUUGACGGUUUCUUGAGAUAUCUCAUGAGUGAGGACAAUCCGAUUGUCGCCGUCUCCAAAUUUGAAUUGUGCGAUGAUAUGGAUCAACCGCUUCCGCAUUACUUUAUAAAUUCUAGUCACAACACAUAUUUAACAGGACAUCAACUUACCGGAAAGAGUUCCGUGGAAAUUUAUCGUCAAUGUCUUCUAGCCGGUUGCCGAUGCGUUGAAUUAGAUUUUUGGAAUGGGAAAGUUGACGAACCCGUUAUUGUUCACGGGUAUACAUUCGUACCUGAAAUAUGCGCGCGAGAUGUGAUAGAGGCAAUUGCUGAGACCGCUUUUAAAACGUCUGACUAUCCGGUCGUUCUCAGUUUCGAAAAUCAUUGCAAUACGAGGCAGCAAGCCAAAAUUGCUCAGUACUGCAGAGACUUUUUCGGGGAAAUGUUGCUCGAAGUGCCACUCGAAUCGCACAAGUUAGAGCCGGGUCAGGAGCUCCCGCCGCCGUCGUUAUUAAAGCGCAAAAUAAUAAUAAAAAAUAAGAAGAAGCAUCACCAUCAUCAUAAAAAGCAUCAGAAAAAGCAAUUGCAGGUUUUAGACACUGCUGAAGGUACCUCGGAGAGUGAAACUAAUGGAACGGUGACUUUAUCUGCUGCAGAAGAAAACGGUCCUCCGCCGGAUAUUAUACCUCAGAAUGAAAUGGCUGAUGAUGUUGCACACGAAAGUGAGCAAAUUGGAAAUGGCGAUAUUCCCCAUCUUCCGAUGUUGCAACAAAGACAGGGUAGUAAAGACAGCGGUCAGGAUGAUGAGGACGAAGAAGAUGAAUCGAGUACAGAGGACGACGAGUCCAAUGUGGAAGAUAUGAAACUGAAACUGGGUGACAAAGUCGCAGAAAAAACUGCGGCCAAAGAGACGGAGGCGGGCGCGGAAAUUUCAGCUUUAGUUAAUUAUGUGCAGCCCGUACACUUCAACAGUUUCGAAUCGGCUGAAAAAAAGAAUCGCAUGUACGAAAUGUCAUCUUUCGACGAAAAGCAAGCUUCGACUCUCCUGAAGGAGAAGCCGUUAGAUUUUGUGAAUUACAAUAAGCAUCAAUUAUCCAGGGUUUAUCCGUCAGGAACGAGAUUCGAUUCCAGUAAUUUCAUGCCGCAAGAAUUUUGGAAUGCGGGGUGUCAACUGGUUGCGCUUAAUUAUCAAACGCUUGAUCUGCCGAUGCAAUUAAAUCUGGGAAUAUUUGAGUAUAAUCGACGUUGCGGUUAUCUAAUGAAACCGGAGUUUAUGAGAAGGAAAGAUCGGCGGUUAGAUCCCUUCGCCGAAUCCACUGUUGACGGUAUUAUAGCAGGCACGGUUCACAUCAACGUGAUAUCCGCACAAUUUUUAACCGACAAAAGAGUAGGAACUUAUGUGGAAGUCAAUAUGUAUGGUCUACCAGCGGAUACCGUACAUAAGAAAUUUCGCACAAAAAUCGUGCCGAACAACGGUAUCAAUCCAAUAUACGACGGAGAGCCGUUUGUAUUUAAGAAGGUAGUUUUGCCGGAUCUUGCCUCGAUAAGGAUAGCGGCGUACGAAGAAUCUGGACGUUUAAUCGGUCACAGGGUACUUCCCGUAGUCGGAUUAUGCCCAGGGUACAGACACGUAGCAUUAAGAACAGAGUGCGGACAACCGCUAGCACUAGCGACUCUGUUUUUACACAUUAUCGUGAAGGAUUACGUUCCUGACGGCUUGAGCGAGCUCGCCGAGGCUUUAGCGAAUCCUAUUAAAUAUCAGAGCGAAGUAGAGAAGAGAGAGAACCAGCUGUUGGUCUUCACGGAUUGCUUGGAAGAAUCAAAUGAAGUCGAAGAUAAAAGUAAAGUAGGCGAUAUUCCUAGUACUGCUAAACCAGCUGAGGAAGUUGUAAAAACUAAACGACUGCAGUCCUUAGGAACUGUGGACAUGCCAAGUCUUUUUCCACCUUCCAGCAGCUUACAUAGUAGACCGUCUAUCGGCGGUUUAGGUAGUUCGGAUACAGUGGACGUGGAAGACGACGCUCCCUGCCCUGCAGUUCAGCCAGUUGAUCCAUCUAUAAAUAAGAGCCCAGUCAAUGCUAGCAAUAUAAGUGACGAAAUAGUAGCCGAAAGUUUGGAGAAACUCAUGGAAAACAAGCUGGUCAGGGAGAAGAAGAUGGAACUCGAGAAGAAGCUUGAAUCUAUGAGGAAAAAGCAUGAGAAGGAAAAGAUGCGGCUGCAGGCGCAGAAAGCCUCGAUCGACGGCGAGAAGCACAGAUCGAAAUUCUAUAUGAGCAACAAGCUGGUGAAGCGACUGUCGAGUAAAAAUAUCAGUUUUUCGAGUGAAGUGGGUUUAAGCACCUUGACCAUGCCCGAGACCUCCGAAUGCCCGGAGAACGCGGAGGGUAACGAGGGAACCAGAAGUUUGCCCAGGAGUCAAAGCGAACGGUUUCUAGCCGUGUGCAAGGCGCAUGCUCAACAGGAACGUGAACUUCAGGAAAAGUAUUACGAGAAUCUCUUUGCGAUCGUCGAGAAAGUGAUGAGAGCGUCGCAGUCCAAUCAACUGAAGAUGCUCCAGGUGUUCCUAGACAGAGAUACCGCAGACGUUAAGCGAAGAUUGCAGGUUACGAGACAAGGCGAGGUCAAACAGUUGGCCAAGGUGCACAAGGACAAAGCCGAGCUCGAACGUAUAAAACGAGAAGUCUCAAAAUCGACCGUGGAGAAGGGCGUAAACGAAUGUACGCGCUUAUCGAAAAUUUACGAUAAGAAGAGAGAGGAGUUAGAAAGACAGCAUGAGGAAGUGCGGCAAAGUCUGGAAGAGGAGCGAGCCAAGGUGAAAGCUAACUUGCUGGCGGAGUAUAACAGUCGCUACAGCAAAUACGAAAGUGAGUUACCCCUGUCACCGUCUGGCGGAGCUAGCUUGCCAGAGUCGCUUAGCGAGAAUACGUAUUGACUCGCGAAACGAGUCACCUAGCUGUGUGUUAAUUAAAGAUACGACGGGUGUCCGUGUCUCCACGCCAUUAUACGCAUCGUCCAAAGCAUCCAGUUAUGCGAUCUGGUGCACUAAACGCGAAUCGCAGUCUGAAUUCUGCAACGAGAGAUACGUCGGGAGGGGGGGAAAGGAGCAAGAUGUCACUUAGACGCAAUAUUUUCCCCGUACACUCGUACAAGGAAACGAAUCAAUAACGACUAACGGAACGUUGGCACGUGGCGCUUAUCUACAGUUGCUCGAUGACGAUAAAACGUUCUCGCCGGGAAUGUUGACAUCGUGUUGACGGUGCUGUAAGCGAGAGAUUACGUGUUUUCAGGCAGCUCGAUGCUACAUGAGGCAUGACGAGUUAACGUCUUCACUAUUAUGUAUGAUACAAUUUUAUGUGUGUAUGUAUAUAUAUAUACAUAUAUAUAUAUACAUAUAUACAUAUAUACAUAUAUAUAUACACUGAUCUUUUACCAUUUAAUACUUCAAAAAAAUUAGAUGUCGAAUAAUGUGGAUCGAAGUAAUUUUCUAUUACUUCAACGCUGUGUCUUUUACUGAUGAUCAUUAUUUGACUGAUGAGCGUUGAUCGUACAUGCCGAUCGAUUCCUUGAUCGACUAUGCCUCACGUGAAAGCGUCUUGAUCUCUUUAACGAUAAAAAAAA